AGUAAUGGCAGUGGAAAAGUCAUUUAUCCUACGUACGUGUCAUUUCACUUGUAAAUAUUGACAAUGCAAAACGAUAGUAAAUAAGACUAACCGAUCUUCCGAGUAAAAACUAUUUCUGAGUGUGACUGUAGCUCGACAAAAAUUUCCUAUUUCCCAGGAUUUAUCACGAGUGUCAUCAACCAUUCACCUACUUCCCGAUUUCUAUUUUCUGAGAAUCAUUAACAGUAUUGUCUAUUGUGAUAUGGCGUGGUUGUCUGGUCUCGCUGGCAAGGCUGAAACAUUGCUUAAUAAAAUUGAUCAGAACACAGCAGCCGCUCUAAGCAAGGAGAAAUAUGACUCUGAGCAGGAUCAGCUGAUCAACGUCACCUCAGUGGAUCCAUCUGACAGUUGCCAAUCAAAUAAUUCCCAGUCGAUCAGCACCCCGGAGGGUACUCCAAAAAAAUCGACACACGAUGAAAACCUGACAGCGUAUUUAAGCAGACUAUCAACGCCAACGAGAAAAGCCAAUAGUCCUCAUCUCCCUCCUGGGACACCAUCCUCGUUAUCAGUGGAGACAUCAGAUCCCAAGGAUUCAUUAUCAGAAUACUCCAACAGUGGUCGAUCAUCCCCAGAGCUUUCUCACACCCUCAUCGACCUCAUCCCAGAGCAGUCGUCAUCAGAUCCAACAGCUGAGAAUAUUCACCUGAGGCAGGAAAUCGAGAGCCUGAGGAAUGAAUUGCUGGUGUCAAUGCACGUUGAGAGAUCGAUUGAGAGUGAACAGAGUGAGAUGCAGGGUAAAAUGGAAAUGCUGAGGCAGGAGUACGAGUACAAAUUGAAUCAGCAGAGACAGCAAAUUGAGCAUUUGACAAGGGCAUCGAAAAAUUUUAAGCAGUCGAAACUAGGGAGGAGGGGUUUGGAGCAGCAGAAUGAGCUGCUGAGCAAGCAGCACACGGAUUAUCAGAAGGAGAUUGAGAUGAUGAGGGAGAGGAUGGAGAAAUUGGAGGUGGAGAAUGGACAGUUGGUCAAGGAGAUUGACGAUCUCAAGGGUAAUCUGGAGAGGAGUAGGCUGGAUCUCGUGGCCAACAGGCAGGAGCUGGAGCAGCAUCGGGCCAGGGCAAUAAAGACACUCCAGGAGAAGGAGAAACUCAUCGCUGAGCUCAGGGGGAGUAACGGUGACACUGGGGUAGAUAAUUCUGCGACGAUUAUGGAAUUGAAUCAACUCAGGCAGGAGUGCAAUGGACUCAGGCAUGAGAAUCAACAGGUUGGUGAGCAGUUGAGAAAUGCUCGGGAGGAGUUGGUCACUGCUGACUUGAAGAUCGAGGAGGCUAGCAGGAAAUUCGCAGCUGCCAGCAGGGAACUCCAGGAGAUCAUCUCCAUGGAGAAGAGAAAAAGGAGUGAGGCUGAGGACGACGUGGGUAGACACCUGCAGGAAGUUCGGGAUGUCAAGGAGGAGAUGGCGGCACAGAUUGGAGUUUGCACUGGUAAACUCAGAAAACAGGAGGACGAAAUAUCAAGGCUCAGGUCACAACUCUCCGCUGUCUCCACACCCUCCAGUGCUGUUGAGGAGAGGCUUGCUACCCUCACCAGGACUCUUGUCACUAAACAGAAUGAACUUGAGGGACUGACGACUGAGAAGAAUGCAUUGAGACUACAAUUGGAAAAGGCUGAGCACGAGUACAGAAAGUUGCUUGGAAAUUCCCGAAAACCGUACAACGUAAAUGACACUGACGAUGCCAAAGCCCAAGUGCCAACGUUCCUCAUGGAAACACCAUUUGACACAUCAAUGGCUCGAAAAGUAAAGAGAGCCUAUUCGUCCUUAGACGCGAUCAGCGUGAGGACUGGAGUCUUCCUGAGACGAUAUCCCCUAGCCAGAAUAUUCGUCAUAAUCUACAUCGCUCUACUUCAAUUCUGGGUACUCGUAGUACUUCUCUCCCAGUCUCCAGAUGCUCACUGACAGGACCCACAGCCCCACCAAUGUUCAUGAAUUUUUUAAAUAAAUUGUCAAUAUUUUAAA